UGAGACACAGAGCAUGUUGUGUCUCCUGCAACAAACACGUGGAAACGUGCCAAGAUGUUACUCAUUAAUUAAUGUUUGAGUUGCAGUGAGCUCAGAGUUCAUGGCCAUGGGCACUUGAGUAAGUUCACAUUUGAUCCCAUUCUCAAUUUUGUUUUGCUUCACUUUCACUCUAGAAAAGAAAGAGCCACCUGAGCUGAAUCCAAAGAAAAGGAAAGCCUCUCUUCACCAAACGCAUCGCUUUCACUAAGAAAAGUUUGUCCAUUUUGGUAAUAACAGUUACAAAAUCUUGAUCUGCUUCAGGUAUAUAUUAACCUUUGUCUCAGGCUCUUUGUACACAGACCCUUCUCUCUCGCUCUCUCCCUCUCAUACCUCCUUCCUUAAUUUCUUUCUUAGUCAAACAGAUCACUCAUCUCCGCAGGUUCUUUAGAAAAGUAAAAUGGUGAAGAUUUGCUGCAUUGGUGCUGGAUAUGUGGGGGGUCCUACAAUGGCAGUCAUUGCACUGAAAUGUCCAUCUAUAGAAGUUGCUGUUGUUGACAUCUCCAAAUCCCGCAUUGCAGCCUGGAACAGUGACCAGCUUCCUAUCUAUGAGCCAGGCCUUGAUGAUGUGGUGAAGCAAUGCCGCGGCAAGAACCUCUUCUUCAGCACUGAGGUUGAAAAACAUGUCUUCGAGGCUGACAUAGUGUUUGUCUCUGUCAACACCCCGACAAAAACUCGCGGUCUUGGAGCCGGCAAAGCAGCGGAUUUGACGUAUUGGGAGAGCGCAGCUCGCAUGAUUGCUGAUGUUUCCAAGUCAGACAAAAUUGUGGUGGAGAAAUCCACUGUCCCUGUCAAAACUGCUGAGGCUAUAGAGAAAAUUCUGACCCACAACAGCAAGGGCAUCAAAUUCCAGAUCCUGUCAAACCCGGAAUUCCUGGCUGAGGGAACUGCCAUCCAAGAUCUUUUCAACCCGGACCGCGUUCUCAUCGGAGGCAGGGAGACCCCAGAAGGCCAGAAAGCAAUUCAAACAUUGAAAAGUGUUUAUUCCCAAUGGGUUCCUGAGGGGAGAAUCCUAACCACAAACCUUUGGUCUGCUGAAUUGUCUAAGCUUGCUGCUAAUGCCUUCUUGGCACAGAGGAUCUCAUCUGUCAAUGCAAUGUCAGCGCUUUGUGAGGCUACCGGGGCAAACGUCAAACAGGUGGCCUAUGCUGUCGGUACUGACACAAGAAUUGGACCGAAGUUCUUGAAUGCCAGUGUUGGAUUUGGUGGAUCCUGCUUCCAAAAAGAUAUCUUGAACCUUGUUUACAUCUGUGAGUGCAAUGGCCUUCCAGAGGUUGCAGAGUACUGGAAACAGGUCAUCAAGAUCAAUGAUUAUCAGAAGGCUCGAUUCGUGAACCGGGUGGUAUCGUCCAUGUUCAACACAGUGGCAACCAAAAAAAUUGCAAUUUUGGGAUUUGCAUUCAAGAAGGACACUGGAGAUACAAGAGAAACGCCAGCAAUUGAUGUGUGCAAGGGGUUACUUGGUGACAAAGCAAGGUUGAGCAUCUAUGAUCCACAGGUAACUGAGGACCAAAUUCAAAGGGAUUUAUGGAUGAACAAGUUUGAUUGGGACCACCCUAUUCACUUGCAGCCAACAAGCCCCACAACUGAGAAGAAUGUGAAUGUGGUUUGGGAUGCUUAUGAGGCAACAAAGGAUGCAGAUGGGGUUUGUGUUCUGACUGAGUGGGAUGAGUUCAAGAGCCUUGAUUAUCAGAGGAUAUAUGAUAAUAUGAGAAAACCAGCAUUUUUGUUUGAUGGAAGGAAUGUUGUGGAUGCAGAUAAGCUGCGUGAGAUUGGAUUCAUUGUGUACUCAAUUGGUAAGCCUCUGGAUGCAUGGCUCAAAGACAUGCCUGCUGUGGCCUAAAAAUAUGACAGUUUGGAUCAAAUUCUCUUUCAUCAUAAUCAAUUCUAAAUUUUUGAAGCUAUUCACAGAUACUUCUCCCAAGAACUGAUUCUGGCUUCAGAAACGAUUGUAGAAGUUUCCAAAAAUGCACUGCAUUUACAGUCAAAAAUUGAGGCAUUCAGUUUGAUUCAAUUUAUUGUUAUUGUUAUUACUUUUCUGACAUUUUUGCUUGUCACUUUUUACUUUCCCAUGGUAGUAGGUUGGCAUAAAUGAUAAAUGAGUGUAAUAUAUGGGGAGAUGGAGGCAAUACAUUUUGCGUUUGUUUGUACUGCAAUUCAUUCAUUACUGUUUGACUGUCAUAAAUUUACAAGAGAAACUUCAA